AUGACAAUACUGCACCCACUUGACCCCAAGCUGCGUCCCAUCGCGGACGCGCAGUAUGCCGCAUUCUACGACAAGCACAUCGCCAACCUCCCCUAUCCGACCGAGGUGCCAUGGGACCCCACGAUCAGGAACCGGCCCACCGUGCCAGGUGGCAACGACACCCUCUUGCCAGACUGCAAGUCGAGGGACAUCGAUCUCACCACCUGCACUAUUCGCAUCUUUUAUCCCCCAGCCCACGCGGCCAAGAGCCCGCUCCCCGCUUUUAUCUGGUACCAUGGGGGCGGCAUGGUGAUGGGUCUGCUUGGUGCCGAUAACGCAUUCUGCACGCGCGUGGCCACGACUUCACGCUGCGCUGUCGUUGCUGUUGGAUACCGGCUUGCGCCAGAGCAUCCUUUUCCCGCGGGCCACAACGACGCUUGGGAUGCACUCAAGUAUGUCCACGACCAUGCGGACGAGCUCGGUAUGGACACUAAACGCCUGGCUAUUGGCGGCUCAUCUUCGGGCGGAAACCUCGCUGCGUGCAUGGCACAACGGGCGGGGCAGGAGGGUAUCCCACUUCAGUUCGUCGCCCUCGGUGUCCCUGUUUGUGAUAACACUUUGAGCGUGGAGACGUCUGCUUCAUGGGAAAAGCUGGAGAACGCACCUGGGCUUCCGGCCCUCAAGAUGCUGUGGUACCGCGACCAGUACCUCCCUGACAAGGCCAACUGGUCGAACCCGCUCAACUCGCCGCUCCUCGCCACUGACAGCGUCUUGCGCGCCACCGCACCAGACUACUACAUCUCAACUGCGGGGCUCGACAUCCUGCACGGCGAGGGGGACGCGUACGCCGACCGCCUGGCCGCGCUGGGCAAGAACGUUGUGCACCGCCACUACCCAGGCCUCCCGCACGCCGUGCAGAACAUGGACGGCGUCCUGGACGCUGCGCGGCGGUACAACCGCGACAUGUGUGUGUACAUUGCGCAGCAGUUUGGGCGGCACGCUGCCGACUGCGAGCUUGAGGCCAUGUACCCCGAGGGACCAGAGGUCACUGUUCCUCGCGAGGAUCGUAGUGCUGCGCAGCCCUGGAUCACCAUGACCCCGCCCAUGAGACUCGGUGAGGCGCCGGUGUACCGCGCUUCAGACAAGACGCUGCACUUUGUUGACUUUGAGGCCGAGCCACCGCUCCGCCUUGUGCUGCAGCUCGACGACGUUGGCGACGCCGUUGGCGAGCCAGUCGCGACCGAGCUCAGUGACUCAGUGUCUGUCAUCUGCUUCCGCAAGGACAAGCCGGGCUACAUCUGCGCGUACUACCAGGGCGUCGGGUUCUUGAGCGAGGAUGGCACGCUGCAGAAGCUCAAGGAGAUCAUCCCUGAGGCUCAGCGUCAAGUUCUCCGCAUGAACGAUGGUGGUAUCGACCCAGCAGGUCGAUUCUGGAUCACCGAGAUUGAUAUCGAGGCACUCGCUCUCGGUACGGGAAAGAUCCCUGCGGGUAGAAAGUGCCUUGCAAGGUUAUGGCGGUAUGACCCCGAUGGAAGCCUGCACCUCAUGGACGAGGACUUUGCAUGUGGUAACGGUGUGGCUUGGAGCCCAGAUAACAAGACGAUGUAUGUCAAUGACUCGCCGCGCGGCCUCACAUACGCGUACAAUUUUGAUAUCUCCUCGGGCAAGAUCUCCAACAAGCGCGUCCUCAUCGACCGCAGCGUCCUCGGCGGUGAGCCGGACGGCAUGGUCGUCGACGUCGAGGGUAACCUGUGGAUCACAGUGUGGGGCACGUACUGCCUCAUGAAGUACGCGUCGGACGGCACGCACAUCGCCGACAUCCGCUUUGGGGCCAAGGACAUGGCGUGCCCGACUUUCGGAGGUCCCAAUAACGAUAUCCUGUACCUCGCUAGCGCUUAUGACCUGCGGCCUACGCGUAGAGACUCGGACAUGGGCGGUCAUCUGUUCAAGUAUGACGCUGGCGUCCGCGGCCUGCCCAAGUCGCCCUUUGACGGAUGA